UAGUUGUGUGUUGCAUUUUCCAACACAGCCAACAUAUUUACAGCUGUCAAAAAAAAAAUCCAUUUCAAAAUAAAACUCGACUGUAAUAUUUGCGAAUCGUUCACAUCGAAAACGAGAUGGAUAAACAAGAUAUUACAAAGAUGACCAAGAAAAAACUCAUCGUUGAGGUCAUUAAGCAGCGAAAACGGAACAAAGAAAAGGACGAAAUCAUCAAGGAUAGUUUCGAGUCCAAAAAGCGUUUAAUUGAUCUGCGACUGCAACUGGACAAGGAGAAGAACAUAACGAAGGAGUUGCGACUGAGGCUAGCGGCGCAGGACGCGAUUGCGAAUCAAGCGGAGAACCUGUCUAUGAAACGAAAGAAGAUCGCCGAAGAGAACAAGUGCUACAUUUGCAAAUGGAAUUAUGAGGUUACCGGAGACCAUCGCCCAGUUUCAAUUAAAUGCGGUCACCUUUUUGGAGCGAAUUGCAUACUACAUUACUUGCAGCGUAACAAGACAUGCCCCAUCUGCAAAUCACAGAUGAUCCGCUGUAUGGAUGUUCGCAUUAUUAUAGCAGGUCAAAAUUUGUGCACGGCUGAAUUAUUACAGUAAACAUUACAUUUGCUGGGAAGUUGGACAAAAUAAAAACCCAAGCAAAAGAAACAAGAGAAAUUAAUAUUUUCUUGUAUGUUUGUGAUAAUUAAACCACCACAAUCAUUUUCUCAAUUUUUAUUCAAUUUCCCUUAUUCAAUCAAUAGAUGAUUUGAACAUUUGGCAAGCGUAUAUCGCAAGUGGAGUGAGACCCCCCGU